AUGUGUAUAGGUACAAAACAAAAACGCUUGAAGAACACAAAAAAUAGUGAUAAUCAAGAAGUUACAUCAGUACUUGAUGAUAAUAUGCUUGAGUUAAUUGCUAAGCGUUUAAAUGUGGUAAGCUUUUGUGCAUUUGGAGCUGUUUGCAAAAGGAAAAAUGAGAUUUGUAAAAGAAUUAAAGAAGAUUUUCAACAAUCCAUAGCACCAUUAGCUAUGUUUACAACAAAAGAUGACAUGAUGAAAACAUGUUAUUUGUUUGACAUGAGUAAUGGAAAAACUAUGAAGGUUACAUUGAAUAACAUGGAUGGAAAUCUCUUAGUUGGAUGCACCGAAGGAUACAUCGUCUUCGAGAAAAAGGGGGGUAAAUCUGUCUUUUUAGUAAAUCCAUUAACCGGACAUCAACUUCCUUAUAGUAUAUCGUCAUGGAUCAAAAGAUAUAGUCGUCCUCGCCAUGAUCAUAUUAUAAUGGCAACAGAUUUACCAAGUAAGAGUAAUGUUCUCUUAGCUGUCUCUAAUGAUGUUGAUGGGUGGUGUGAAUAUCAAAUCUAUCAUUCUGGAAUUGAUGGAUGGAUAACGGAUAUACCUGAUACCAAAGAUUGGAUGGAUGUAGUAGUUUUUAAGAAUCGGUUUUAUGUUGUAACAAAUGAAGCUCAGCUUGGAGAAUUAAGGAUUGAACAACUUUACCUUAAGUUUAAUUGGUUGGUAGUGAAAAAUACCCCCCUUAAUGUGGACUCUGAAAAUCUUAAGUUGGUUGUUGGAAAUAAUCAACUUUUUAUGGUUGAUUUUCUUGCUGAUGAGUAUUUGGAUAUUUAUAAGAUUGAUUUUGAUGCAAUGGAAUGGAUUAAGGUGGAUGACUUAGGUGAUCAAGCUCUUUUCUUAGGGGGGGAAUUGGGCUCUGCAAUGAGGAAACCAGGUAAAUGGGGGUGUCCUAGCAAUUGUGUCUAUUUUAUAAAGGAUUCACCCCCAAGGUGUUGCUUAUAUUCAAUGGAAGCAAAAAUGAUUGAUGAUUAUCCAAUUGAGGGAAAUCCAACUAGUUCUCAUGAAUUGUGCUCACUUGGUUGGUAUUAUCCAGAUCAAUGUUUGAAGAUCAAUUAUGUGGAGAGUGGUAUAGAAUAA